AUGGCUCCGUUCAAGGUCAUCAUCGUUGGUGGCAGCGUCACGGGCAUGGCCCUGGCCAAUAUGCUUGAGCGCUACGGGAUGGAUUUCGUAGUGCUUGAAAAACACAAGAUAAUCGCCCCCUACCUUGGCGCUGGGUUUGCCAUGCACCCCAAUGGAUCGCGCAUUCUCGAGCAGCUUGGGUGUUACGAUGUGCUCAAAAAGCUUAGUGCUCCGGUCAACUCGUUCUGUUUCUAUGAUGAGUAUGGCAACCCGUGUGGAGACGUGCCUGAAAUAGGGAGAUGGAUGGAGGCGUCGAUGGGCUACAAGAUGCGAUUUUUAGACCGGCAGAAAGUUAUUGAGACCUUAUUCGAGAAUCUUCACAACAAGUCUAGAGUUUACAGUUCAUGUCGAGUCAUAAAAAUCAACUGCUCCGCCGAUGGCGCCAAAGUUGAAACAGAUAACGGGUCCGUCUUUGAAGGUGAUAUUGUCGUCGGCGCCGACGGAGUCCAUAGUCAGGUCCUUCAAGAGAUGCAGCGUCUCUCCAACGUCGAAGACCCUGGACAGAUGACAAAAAAGAAAAACGAAUUUGAGUGCACCUACAAGGCGAUUUUUGGCACUUCGGUAGCACCCAAAAACACCCUUGAAGACCAGGCCUUCAAAAACUACAGGCAUGGCCGCAGCUACCUGUGUGCGGGUGGGAAAAACAACAAGCUCUUCUGGAUCGCCAUGUUCAAGCUUGACCAGAAAACACAAGGCUCGUCCAUUCCGCGAUACACACAGGAAGAGCAUGAUGCGCUCGCUGCGAUCUACAAAAACGAUCUCAUCAAGCCUGGUGUCACUUUCGGUGAUCUAUACCACGAGCAACUUACCUCUGCGCUAGUUCCUCUUGAAGAAGGGGUGCUUGAAACAUGUUUCUAUCGACGAAUGGUGUUGAUGGGCGACUCCUGGCACAAGCAUCAGGCCAACCCAAUCCAGGGCCAAGGCGGGAACAACGGUAUUGUUUCAGCAGCAUAUCUAGCGAACGAGCUGAAAUCUAUCACUGAGAGUCAAGAAGUGAUAGAUGAAGCCAGCAUUCAAGAGGUCUUUCGCAAGUACCAACAGAAGCGAGCCCCCGAGGCUGAGGCAUUGUUCAAGAUUUCUCGCGCAACGCAGAGGAUGGAUGCCCUAGAAACCCCCCUCCUGAAGUUUAUCCAGCUGCAUAUAGCUCGUUUUAUUCCCAUAGAGGUCUUCACGAAUAUGCUCGCCCAGUUGGUGACACUGGCCGUCCCGUUGCACCAUUUACCCCUUCCUUCUCGCCGUGGUUUAUUGCCAUUCGACGAUGAGGUCAAGAUAACGCCAGAAGCCCGAUCCAAGUUUGCAAAUUUCUUUUGGAUCACUUUAUUUGCCUUGAUACUACUGGCUCGUUACAUUCUGCCCUGGCAAGCAAGCGACGAUGCUCAGACCGGCUCAUCGACUUCGUUAGGCUUGUUCUUGCACCUCGACUACAUACACGCCCUGCAGCUAUAUUUUCAAAUGUCUGCAACUGCAGUAAACGGCAUCAUCGUCCUUGAAUCCUACCGUCGGGGCUUCUUUAUGCAACUCCUGGGCCGGUCGCUUUCAUUCGGGAUGGGUUCCUAUUUCUUUGGUUGGGGUACUGUCACGCCGGUCUACUUUGCCCUUUUUGUUUUCUUCACGGGGUCAAAGUCCGUCUAUUAUCCCUCGCCGAGGGCAGUUGACCUGGCAAUGGCCAAAAUGCUCCCACUUGCCUAUCUAGUGACAUAUGUUCCUCCCAUCUUUUCCACCCUUACAUCGUCCUCAUUUCCAAGCCAGGCCUGGGGAAUCGCCCAUGUCCUUUUCCCUAUCAUACUCUAUCUCUUCAAACGACUUUAUUCGCUGGGAAAACCGGCCCUGAGAAGCCCUGAGCUCUUAUACGGGAAGCAGGAUGUUCAGUAUCUGAGACGUUUUUUGAUUUUGGUCUACGUUUUUCAACAGGCAACCUCUUUCGUCUUGGAUAAAAGUUUCAUCCGAUCGUUUAUAGCAGCGCCUCGAUUCGUGCUGGUGAGCGGCAUCUCCACUGAAGAGCUUGAGGUGCUAUGUUUGGACACUGCAAUCCUUGUCUUCAUUUGGUUCGCUUUCUCGGAUCUCCGGCGAGUCCGCGCUACAACUCACACAGUAGGUGUGGUCCUAGGCCUGGCCAUGACUCUUGGAAUCAGCCUAGGAACCACGCUGGCAGUCCUCUGGGCGGUCCGCGAAAACGAAUGGGAGCAGGCGCGAGGAAGGAAAUCGGCCGAUGAGAAAGAGUCGGAAUUGAACUCCGCAAAGUAA